GACCAGAUCCUGGCGGCAUUUGCAGAAGAUGGUGGUGUUUCCUUACGAAGAACUCAAGGAGCUUCUUGGCCUUGCGUUUGACCAUUGCGAGAUCGUGGCGAACGCUCUGUCCGUCCCUGUGUCCUGGGUCCUCAUGGCGGAGAUUUCAACUGUCCUCCACGAAGGGCGCCAGCGCGUGCGAAGGUGUGUGCACGCAGUGCAGGGCCCAGAUAUGGUUGGCCAGCCAACCAUGAAGGGGCGGCCCCGGGAUGCGCAAACAGGCCUCACGCAACUCCUCGGACCGCACGAAGCGGGGACGUUCUCCAAUGGCCCUGAAGAGCUCCUGCGUAUGCACGGCCCCGCAGACUCCAAUGUAGGGAGCAUCAACAAGAACCGUGGUGCGAUCCUGGGCGCAGACUCGUACGCCAACAACUUCAGCAAGCGCACAGCGACAGUAAAAAACAGCAACAAACAACCAUCACUGCCAGCGUCCUUCACUGUGACCUUGUCCCAGACGAUGCGGUCCGUGAGCUGCGUAAUCAACCCCUGGUGGCCGCCGGAUUGUUCGGCGAGCCACUGCAUAAACACGCCGCCCUCGGCCAUGAAGGCAGCCGCACGGGACAGAUUCUGCGCUUCUGACAUGCGGCCGAUCACCCCGUCGAUUGAGCCUGAGGAGAAACCUAUGUGGAACUCGCCUGGAGGUGUGUAUCGAGGCCGCUUGAUGUCGGGGCGUUCUCCUGGGUUCUCGUUUCCGUCGGCUUGCUGCUGA